AUGACAACCCUUGUUAAGAACAAAAAUAUUAAAACUCUAGGACUUUAUAAUUAUGAAAUCAAGAUUAGAUUAUUGGAAGAACUUAUUAUCAAAAACACGACACUAACGUCCAUAAACGUUUCUAACAAUAAUCUUGGCACGCUUGGAGGUGUGGUCAUUGUAGGCGUGCUUUGUAUGAAUAAGCCGCUAAAUUCAUUGAAAAUUGAAGAAAGUCAGAUUGGCAUAAUUGGAGGGAGAGAUCGGAGACGCUCUUU